CAAAAUGAGUUCCAUGCUGACCCAUGCCAUCAGAAACCUCCCUGCUUCCUCAGCAUGGGCUGCCAGGGUCUUUGCUCGAUCACUCAGCUGCUCUUCACAGUUACAAGCAGCAGCAGUCCAGCCUAAGAGUAAGAAGACCUUAGCCAAAAGUGGUGUGAAGAAUGUUGUUGUGGUAGAGGGCGUCCGUAUUCCAUUUUUGCAGUCUGGCACCUCGUAUGCGGAUCUUAUGCCACAUGACUUAGCAAGAGCAGCACUGCAGGGGUUGCUGAAACCAAGGGAUGUUGUUGAUCACAUUGUUUAUGGCACAGUUAUCCAGGAGGUGAAAACGAGUAACGUUGCCAGAGAGGCUGCCUUGGGAGCGGGUUUCUCUGACAAAACUCCAGCCCAUACAGUCACCAUGGCUUGCAUUUCUUCAAACCAGGCUAUGACCACAGGCGUGGGUAUGAUCACGGCUGGACAGUGCGACGUCGUCGUAGCAGGGGGUGUGGAGUUAAUGUCAGAUGUUCCCAUUCGUCACAGUAGGAAGAUGAGGAAGACUAUGCUGACUCUUAACCGAGCCAAGACUUUAGGCCAAAAGCUUGCCCUGAUUUCCAAAAUUCGCCCUGACUACUUUGCUCCUGAGCUCCCAGCUGUGGCAGAGUUCUCCACCAGCGAGACUAUGGGGCAUUCUGCCGAUCGUUUGGCUGCUGCCUUUGCCGUUUCCCGUUUGGAGCAAGAUGAGUACGCCCUCCGUUCACACACACUAGCUAAGAAAGCCCAGGAUGGAGGCCUGCUACUGGAUGUGGUACCCUUCAAAGUGCCAGGCAAAGAUACAGUUACCAAAGAUAACGGGAUCCGUCCUUCCUCAAUGGAGCAGAUGGGCAAGCUGAAGCCAGCUUUUGUCAAGCCCUACGGAACUGUCACAGCUGCCAACUCCUCCUUCCUGACAGAUGGUGCUUCGGCAAUUCUGCUCAUGUCUGAGGAGAAGGCUCUGGCAAUGGGAUACAAGCCAAAGGCCUACCUAAGGGACUUUGUGUAUGUGUCCCAAGAUCCAAAGGACCAGCUGCUACUGGGUCCAACAUACGCUACUCCCAAAGUGCUAGAGAAGGCUGGUCUAACCAUGGCUGAUAUCGAUGUGUUUGAAUUCCACGAAGCUUUUGCUGGGCAGAUACUGGCUAACCUGAAAGCUAUGGAUUCAGAGUGGUUUGCACAAAACUACAUGGGCAGAAAGUCAAAGGUCGGAGCCCCUCCUCUGGAGAAGUUCAAUAACUGGGGCGGCUCCCUCUCCCUGGGACAUCCUUUCGGUGCCACUGGCUGCCGUCUAGUAAUUACUGCUGCCCAUAGACUGAAGAAGGAGGGAGGACAAUACGGCCUGGUUGCUGCCUGUGCUGCUGGAGGGCAGGGGCAUGCGAUGGUAGUGGAGCUUUACCCUCAGUAACGGGACAAGGGGCUGCCGAGUGGGUAUUCGUACGUCCUGGGCCUGGCAAUGCCGUUGCAGUACACGAAUAAAAACAUACAUACAAUCCUUCUCCGAAAGGAUUUUUGGUGGCCUUCGUAAAUUCCUUUUAGCUACUCAACCGGUAAUUUUCAACUCAUGAACAUGUGCUCUAAGAAAUAUUGCACUU